CUCCCCGCUCUCCUUCAAGGACAUCACGGCGCUGGAGCUGAGCUGCAUGGCCGACUACGGCGGCCCCGUCUUCCCCUACAUCGCCUUUGGCGGCUACCCCGGCUCGGAGUACACGGAGGCGCAGGCCCUGAUCCUCACCUACUCCCUCACCAACUUCCCCCGCCAAGACCCGCGCCACCAGUGGGUGCUGAGCUGGGAGCAGCGCUUCCUGGAGCUGGUGGGCGACUUCCAGCGCACGCACGGCUCCAACCUCUCCGUCACCUUCAUGGCUGAGCGCUCGCUGGAGGACGAGAUCAACCGCACCACGGCCGAGGACAUCCCCAUCUUCACCGUCAGCUACCUCGUGGUCUUCAUCUACAUCGCCCUGGCCUUGGGCGAGUACACGGCCUGGCGCCGCGUCCUGGUCGUGCCCUUCCUCGUCCUCGCCGUGGGCGCCGACAACAUCUUCAUCUUCGUGCAGGAGUACCAGGUCGGGGGCACGGGGGGCGUGGGGGAACUCGUGGGGCACUUUGGGGACACCUUGGGCGCAGGGCUCUUGAUGGGGCAG